AUGAAGCUUCUGCGAGUCGUCAUUGCCGCCUUGCUGGCUGUCGUCGGCCAAAGCGAUGCCAAGUCAACCUUUUCGCCCGCUCGCCCUCCUGCGGCCCCUCUUGCUGUUCGAUCCCCAUAUCUCAAUGUCUGGCUCAACGGGCCAACUGAUGGCGGCGAGAGCGGUAUUCUCCCGAAUUCAUGGCCUCGCUUCUGGACUGAGGGUGUCCAGGGCUGGCAAGGCUUCAUCAAGGUCGAUGGGAAAACAUACAAUUGGAUGGGAAACCACCCAAGCACUGACUUUGCCAACCAAACCGCCCAAUACUACACCUCCACCAAGACCGAGUUCGUCAUGGACGUCGGCGGCAAGGUCGAACUGACUGUCAGCUUUCUCUCUCCCGUGUUUCCCGACGAUCACAGGCGCCAGUCAAUUCCCUUUUCCUACAUGAACGUGAAGGUGAAGUCUAUCGACCGUCACGCCCACUCUGUGCAGAUUUACAGCGAUGUCACUGGAGGCAAUGGCUUUGCAGAGUUUGCGUCUGGGGACAACCGCGCCGUCAUCGAAUGGGAACACAAAAAAGUGAACGGCCUCCGCUCGCACCGCUUUUGGCGACGAAACCAGGAUGUCUUCAACGAGACCAAUGACCAGGCUUCGUGGGGCAAUUGGUAUUGGACCACAAAGGAUCAGCGCGGUGUCAGCUACCAAAUUGGUCAAGACACUGCUGUGCGCAGCCAAUUCAUAAACAACGGCCAUCUAGACGGCAGCAUUGACAGCCAAUUCCGUGCUGUUAGUGAUCGUUGGCCUGUAUUCGCACUUUCUCGCGAUCUCGGAAAGGUUUUGGGAAUGGGAUCUGUCACAACCCUCUUCACUAUAGGUAUUACCCAGGACGAAACCAUCCAGUACCACGGCAUUGGAGAGAAGAAAGGUCUCCCAUCUCUCUGGAAGGACUACUUCAAAAAUGACGCUGAGCUCGUCAAAUUCUUCUACAAUGAUUUCAGCUACUCCUCGCGAUAUUGCAUGAAGCUUGAUCACCGCAUCGAGACCGAAUCUGCAGCUGUCGCUGGCCCGGAAUAUGCAAUUAUCACCACUCUGGCUCUCCGCCAGUUCUAUGGCGCCAUCCAGCUCGUGGGAACCAAGGAAGAUACCAAGGUCUUUAUGAAGGAAAUCAGCUCCAACAGUGAUAUCCAAACUGUGGAUGUCAUCUUCCCGGCAUUCCCUGCCAUGGUAUACCUCAACCCCAUUCUCAUCAAAUGGAGCCUUGAACCCCUCUUGGAAUAUCAAAAGAGUGGUCGCUAUCCCAACAAGUGGGCUGUUCAUGAUCUCGGCCGAUACCCGCGGGCCCUCGGCUACGACGACGGCAACGACGAGCCGAUGCCACUAGAAGAGUGCGGCAAUAUGCUCAUCAUGAUGCUCGCCUAUGCUCAAAGGUCCGGAGACAAUGGGUGGCUGAAGGAAAACUGGGAUCUUCUCACGCGAUGGGCCGAGUAUCUCAUCGAAGAUGCCAAGAUUCCUGCGCACCAGCUCUCAACUGAUGAUUUUGCUGGCCAGCUCGCCAACCAGACCAACUUGGCCAUCAAAGGUAUCAUCGCUUUGGAGGCCAUGGCAGAAAUUGCUACGCGCGCCGGGCAUCCAGAUUUGAAGCCGCACUACAGUGACAUUGCACAUGAGUACUACAAAUUCUGGUCCGAGCAUGGCAUUAACAACAACACAGCGACUCCUCACUCGACGCUGGCCUACGACGACAUGGAGAGCUACGGUCUGCUGUACAACCUCUGGGGUGACAAGGUGCUCAGGCUCAACUUUAUCCCCGAGGAGAUUUACAAGAUGCAGAGCGCGUGGUACCCGCACGUGGCCAACGAGUACGGCAUGGUACUGGACACGCGUGGGACACUGACCAAGACAGAUUGGGAAAUUUUUGCGGCAUCCAUGUGCGAGGAGUCGACCAAGAUGCAGUUUGUCAAGCUCAUUGCCAAGUGGAUCAAUGAGACCAAGACCUGGAGAGCGUUGACAGACUUGUACGACACCAAAGAUGGCGGCUAUCCGCGCGGCAUCCAGUUUACGGCGCGGCCGGUGGUCGGUGGCCUAUUUGCGAUGCUUGCUCUACAAUGA